GCAGUCAGCAUCUUAAAGAUUAAUAAAACUAGCUUAGAUAAAACUUGCAAAUAUAUGUUCAAAAUUCUAUGUAACAGUUACCAAAAUAUAAAAAAAAUUGUGCAAAAUGUUUUCAAAAACACCACAGAAUUCCUGGACACAAAUACCGAAUGAUUCUGAAGAGCAAAAAGUGAACAUUGAUCACAAUAGCACGCCCAAGCGAUUGGAAUCGCUGCUGAAAAUAAGCAGCAGUUCGAAUCUAUCACUCACUAACAGCCCCGAGCAGGCGGAGGUGACGCGAAUUGUGGAGAAGACGCUGAAACAGAUGCAGGACGUGUGCCGGUUCGAGGAUUUUGAUACUAUAAUGAGCCUGGUGGUGCCGAAAGUGCUAUACGAUUUGCAUGCCUUCGAUCAGCUGCAUGAGGAGGUACAGACAAUAAAGCAAUCUUUAAAUUCCUACAUACAUCAUUCCAAGGUGUUGAGCGAGGAUAUUGCUGAAAUAUUUCUAGAUCUGCAUAAUAUCUACUCGAAGCUGGAUCAAUCGGAUAAGCAUACGACAAAAAAGCCACGCGACAAAAAAUUCACCAAACGCUUACGUGAAGCUGAGGAAUUCCUUAAGAAUACCAAACACUACAUCAUAAAUGAUACGGGCCACGAGGCAUCCAGUUCUAUGCCCACAGUGCCAACCUCUAGCCAAGCAGAUGAGACGAAAGACAGAGAUAAUGAUACAGAUAUAUUCUCCAGCAGUGAGACAAGAAAUGCGGAGCGGCGUGCAUUUCUCACCAAUAUGAUAAUGGUUAAGAAAUCAGACUUUUCGCUGGAGCUGAAUCGCAACAAGAACUAUUAUACGGAAGCUGAGAGGGUAUUGAAGAACAAAGAGAACAGCAAUACUGAAACAUCAUGAGGGAAAACAUGAGCAUAUAACAUUUUAUAGAUAUUUAUUUAGAACUUAUUUGUGGUCUUGGGUUUAGUAAAAUUGUGGCAAUCUUGCGACUUAUAUAAA